GCUCCUUCCCAUCCUCACCAACCCCCAAAUUAGUGCCCCUCCACUCCACAUUCUCUCUCUCUCUUCCCCCUGCUCUGUCCCUUCCUCAAUUGCCACCCCAAAACAUAAACAAAUAAAUAAGAUACAACCACGCUUUCCUACACCACCUGUCCUUUGCUAACGUGCGCCUUGAUAAUUGAUCAAGGAGAAAAGAAAGAAGCCCAUUUUACCCAUCUUUCUCUUCCUUUCUUCUGAUCCUGUGUCUUUACAGAGGGAGGGAGCAAAGCGAAGUAAAGCAAACAGAGCAAAAGGCAAAGCAUAUCAGACUUUUUGUACGCUGAUUUGGGUCACAUCUCUCUCAUCUCAUCCUUUCACUAACAUACGAUAUGGGUAUUGGUAUUUCUGCAUCAUUUUGGAGAUUAUUAGUCUUGCUGUGGCUGCUAACAUGCGCCAUCCUCCUCCAACCCUCCACCCCAGAUCCAGACGACGAAGCUUGCUUAACCCACCUGAGCGAGUCUCUACAGGACCCAAACAACAACCUCCACAACUGGACCAAGACCACCUUCAAGGACCCCUGCGGCGGCUCCGCCUCAUACCUGGAAGGCGCCACCUGCAACAGCGGCCGCAUCUACAAGCUCUCUCUCUCAAACCUCUCUCUCCGCGGCUCAAUCUCCCCAUACCUCUCCAACUGCACCAAUCUCCAAUCCCUCGACCUCUCCUCCAAUUCCCUCUCCGGCCCAAUCCCCUCCGACCUCCAAUUCCUGGUCAACCUCGCUGUCCUAAACCUCUCCUCCAACCUCCUCUCCGCCCAAAUCCCACCCCAAAUCGCCUUAUGCGCCUACCUCAACGUCAUCGAUCUCAGCGAUAAUCUUCUCACGGGUCCGAUUCCGCCGCAACUGGGGCUUUUGGUGCGGUUAUCGGUUUUCGAUGUGUCGAAUAACCGGUUGGAGGGUCCGAUUCCUGCGGCGCUGGGGAACCGGACUGGGAAUUUGGUGAGGUUCAAUGCCAGCUCGUAUGUGGGGAAUAAGGAUCUCUAUGGAUACCCAUUGCCGCCAUUGAAGAGUAAAGGCCUUUCGAUUAUGGCGAUUGUGGGGAUCGGAUUGGGAAGUGGGUUGUUGAGCUUGGUGCUCAGUUUUAGUGCUGUGUGUAUAUGGUUGAGAGUUUCUGAGCAGAAUAUGACUGUGGAAGAAGGCAAAAUUAGUCAGCUCAUGCCUGAUUAUUGAGCUCAUCUCAAAAAUUAAUUAAUGCUUUCAACAAAAAUGAAUUUAAGGUAGGCAGGUAUAUAUGAUUGAUAAUGGGUUUUUGUUUUUUCACUUUGUUGUAAUUUUUUGUUUUUUGAGGGUAAAUUUUAUUAAUUUCUGCAAGUUUU